AUGACACGCUUUGUUGGCUGCAUUGACUUGCACGACGGCCAGGUCAAGCAGAUCGUCGGUAGCUCGCUCCAGGAAACAAAAAAAGUUACCACCAACUUCGUUUCAAACCUUCCUCCAGCCCACUAUGCGCAACUCUACUGGGAUAACAAAGUAACUGGCUGCCAUGUCAUCAAACUCGGCCCAAACAACGACAACGCAGCACUCGAGGCUCUCAAACAGUGUCCCGGGUUUUUACAAGUCGGCGGUGGCAUCAAUCUCGACAAUUGCCAGUACUGGCUGCAGUACGCCUCGAAAGUUAUUGUGACGUCAGUUUUGUUCGAUAAGAAGUCGUACCAAUUCAACCGUGAUACGCUGGCUAAGUUGUCCCAAGUGUGCGGGAAAGAUCGCCUGGUUGUAGAUCUAUCGUGCAAAAGAGUCUCCGAGAAGAAAUGGGUGGUGGCUAUGAACAAGUGGCAGACGUUGACCGAUUUGGAAUUGAACAAAGAAACUUUUACUGAGCUAUGCGAAUAUACAGAUGAGUUUUUGGUUCACGCAGCAGAUGUCGAAGGUUUGUGCAAUGGGAUAGACGAGGAUCUGGUCGCGUGUUUGUAUGAGUGGACGGUGGACCUUCCUUCCGUCAAGAUCGUGUACGCUGGCGGCGCGAAAAGCGUUGAUGAUUUAAAGCUGGUAGAAAAAUUGAGUCAUGGCCGCAUCGAUAUCACGUAUGGCAGCAGUUUGGACAUAUUUGGCGGAUCCUUGGUCAAAUUCCAAGACUGUGUGGACUGGAACCGCAACCAUUGA